CACCCCGCCCCACCGGGACCGGCGGCAGCGGGUGCCAAACCGCCCCCCGGGCUCCGCGCUGAGGACGCAGCCAUGCCGAGCGGUGCCACUCAGCAGCCGGACCGCCGCCUCGUCUCAUCCGUCUCCAGCGCUUCACACAGGAGGAGGAGGAGGAGGAUGAUGCCAUGAGAUUUCCCACAGGCCCUCACUGGCACCUGGCUGUGAGUGAACCGGGGGGAAAGAAGGGAUCACCGACGGCGGAUAAUGACGUGAUGGUUCCGGUUGCAGAGCGAGCGCAGGGGGGCUCCGAGCGUCUUUAAUGACCGGUGCUGGAGAGGAAACCACCGGACUUUUAUUGUGUGUUGUGGACGAAGGAAACAGGACUGCAGUUAUUAGAAAAAAAGAAGACCCCAUCUCUCAAACAGGUUGUUGAGAUUUUCUCCAAUUUAAAAGGGGGCUUUGCAGCACGGCCGAGGAUGCUAUCCCCCAGAUGGUGACUUCUACAGGAGUUCCAGUGCGAGGAGGUUUUGAGAGUAACCAUCCACAGCCCUGUCAUGGUUUCCUACCUUCUCACACUCCUCCAUCUCUGCAUCUCCCGCUGUCCUCUAAUGCAUUAUAGAAACCUUUGUUGGACGGUUUGAUGGAGAGCUGGUCGAAUGUCAGCGGGAACUAUUGUUAUAUCCGGAGGAAUUCUCGCCGGAGUGAUACUGCUGUGCAUUGUAGCAGUGCUCUGUUACUGUAGACUCCAGUAUUACUGCUGUAAGAAGAAUGAUUCUGAAGUGGACAUGGGCUCUGUGGUGGGAGCAGACCCUCUCUCUCACUUUCCCUGCAACGCUUGCAACGCCCUCGCCAUGGACGGCGCGGCUAUCACCCCCGUCUCUCUGGAUCAGCUGGACACGGGUUCUCACCACAACCACUGCCCCACCUGCUCACCGUACUCCCUCCGCUCUGGACUCACUGACGACAUGCGUAACGGAGGGGAGCGUCUGGGCUUCCACACCUACUACGAGAACCCUCUCCCGCUGUCUGGCAACCCGCAGGGCUCCUCCGCUCUGAGCUACUACAGUCCCCCGGACGUGUUUCCUCCCCCGCCACGCCCCUACAGCACCCAGGUCUGACCUCAGCUGCACCCUAAAGACACACUCACACAUAUAGAAAACCUACUGACAUUCACACACGAGCACAUGCCCUGUUGUUGGGGGCUAAAUUCAGGCGAUGGAUUUUGAUACAGCACAAGGACACACAUUACUGUACAUGCUCACUGCUGCCAGAUUCCAGACUCAGAUGUCCAUGGGAGUGACCUAUAAACUGAGCCCAGUGACAGAGACUUUGUGUGGGCGACGAAUCCUUGGACCAAACCCAUGGAGAGCUGCCGACAGCAGCAUGAAACAGUGUUAGAUCAGCAGGAAAGUGGAACAUAACUCUUGUAGAACCUCAUUUUGUUUCACACAAGGCCAAAUCACAUGCGGUACUGAAGUGUGUCUAAAUUUAGGUGUGAAUGCACCUGGACUGAUGCAUCUCAUUAGCAACUUUUGAAGGUGGUCAGGGACACGUGUGACCAUGCAUCUCGGGAAGUGUGACUACAGAAGGGUCCCCAGGCAGCCAAGUCUUGUGUUGACUUCUUGUGUAGGUGCUAGGGAUGAGCAAUUCCCAUAAGCCAUGUCAGUGAUUGAUUUAUGAUUAUCAAUUAAUCAGGAAAAGAAUAUAAAAUCCAUAGCCCCCCCUCAAAAAAG